AUGGCAAGCAAGAUUGUACCCACAGGCAGCAAGAGGCCCGCAGACAGCAAGAAACCCAAUGACCCCUCAACUCAGUCACCACAAUCUGUUCAUCAGGGCGUAAAGGUCAAGUUUUUGAUCAAUAUACCUUUGAAGGUGGAUUCGGAGGUUCAGGCACAGAAAGGGUGUCGUUAUCUACUCGAUGCUCUUAUUGAAGGCUUUAAAGAAGAGGAUAGGAAAUUUACAAGGGACAGGAAUGGCAGAGAGGUGCUCGAAGAUAUAGCCGUGAUUUUUGGCAUGAAUGGAAAACACACCCCAGAGCUAGUUGAAGUUCUGAAAAAUCUCGAGAGAUUCAGGCAUGAUUGUAAAAUCAGGUAUUCUAUAAUCACUUACACUUGGGGAAGCGGUGGAACAAUAGCAACUGAAUUGACUGAUGAAGAAAUUGAAAGACUGCAAAAAAAAUCUAAAAAGCCUAAAAAAAUCAUACCAUACCAGGAUAUUCGAGAGUAUCUGAAAAGCCACACUGCUACAACAAAUCGUGCACGGGAGUUGAGAGGAAAUGAUAGAAGUUGUCUGGUUUACUUCAGUUUCAUUGAUAGCGACACUUUCAGGUUUAACUCCAUCUACAGUGAAUACUUACAAAUUGUGAGAGAGGAGCUGAAAAAAGAUCCACCCAUCCCACCCACCGUCAUGUCGACUGGUUAUGAGUUCACCCACGAGAAACAACAGCACCUUGCAAGUGACCUGGACCUCCAGAUUCGUACAGCCUUAGCAGAGAUCAAUGGUCUCUUUGUGUAUUACCCAGAACCCAACUUCUGCGUUCUAGUGGAUGACGGAGAAAACACCAUAAAGGAGAAUUUCAUCAAGGAAGGAAGGAGAAAAGGCGAUUACAGAAUGGAGUCAUGCGUUUUGAUCAGGCAGGUCAAGAAACGUGCCAAUUUUAAAGCUGUGUUUCCCGUCAGUAAGCCCAUCAUCAUCGUUGCACCAGAAACAUAUAAGAAAUAUGAGAAAGAGCCAGAGCUAAAAGACCUAAAGAUCGGACAGUCAACUCUGAAUGACAGAACUUUGGCAAUUGGUCUAUACUGUAAUGGGGCAAUUGAACUUAAGGGAACCUAUAAAGGGGUGGAUUCACCAAAUGACCCCAAAGUACACCCAGGAGCAUAUCAUUUAAACUUGAAGUUCAUCAGGGACUUGUAUAAUUGUGAUGAUGACGCAAAAUUUGAAGAGCUGAGUGAAAAAAAUCCAUUCAGCAUGGAUGGAGGAGACGGAAUAGAAGUAGUCGAAGCUAUCAGACAAGCAAGAGAAUGCAGAAUGUUUUUUGAACAAUUUCAGAGAAAUAAUCAAUAAUCAUACUCAUCUGAAUCAGGAACAGCCACAAUAAUUAAAAUAUAUGCUUUUGUUGGUUUGAUUGUUUCUAUUGUCCUCAUUUGUAAGUCACUAUGGAUAAAAGCAUCUGGUAAAUGAUUAAAUGUAAAUGCACGAACAUAGUAUGUUAUUCCUGAAAGAGAUUAAAUUACAUCAAAUGUUAAUAAAGUGCCAUCUAACGUUAUGUUGUUUUUUUUAAUGUACUAAAUAAUUAAGAUAUGACUAUUCAUUAAUUUUUACAUUUAUUUCCAAAAUGAUUUAAUCGUUUGUUGUUGUUUUUAUCUUACAUCUUUAUAUUCACAUCAACAAUUUAUAAUCAGUUCAGUAUACAAUAGAUGUUUGAUGAUGCCCAGGACAUUUAUUAGUAUUAAAUUAAUGUAUAUAUUUCAUGUGUAACAAAUCUGAAGCCUUAUUUGAUUCUGUUUUUGCUUUUGGACAAAUGUAUUAAAGAUUAAGAAACCUAAUCUGUAUAUUAUCAUGUUCACUGAAUCAUUUAAAGAAGGAAAUAAAAAUAAAAAUCGAUUUUA